AGGUUCAAUAUCGAAACUUGACACGAAAAUAGCAGGAAGCUAAGUAAUGGCUACGAGUAAUAGUAACAUUAGAAGCUUUUACUUGAGGUUCAAGCCACACAUGUUCAUGAUCCUAUCACAGAUAGGCUGGACUUUACUGUAUUUCAUCACUGAAGCAUCCUUUAAUCAUGGGAUGAAUCCUUACGUUUACAUAACUUACCGCCAUGUCGUUGCUGGGGUGGUGAUGUUCCCCUUUGCCUAUUUUCUAGAGAGAAAAGCAAGGCCAAAGUUGACAGUAGCUCUAAUUGCAGAAAUAUUUGUGCUCUCUCUCCUAGGGGUAGGAUUGGCGCUUAACAUGUAUUUUGCAAGCUUAAAGUAUACUUCUCCGACCUUUGUUGCAUCAAUGAUCAACACAAUUGCAUCCUUAACUUUUGUGAUUGCGGUUGCACUCAAGAUGGAAGUUCUUGACAUUUGGAACCCUCGAGGGGCUGCAAAAGUUCUUGGAACCUUAAUUUCCUUGGGAGGUGUCUUAGCCAUGACACUGUACAAGGGAUCUGUCAUAAAAAGUAUAUGGAAUCCUCUGCUACAUAUUCAAGGAAGUACAACUACGAACGAGAACUGGUUGAUGGGUUCAAUUCUAACUACAGCAAGCUGCCUAUCAUGGUCCAUAUGGUACAUCAUGCAGGCCUUCACUCUGAAACGAUAUCCUGCACUUCUAUCACUGACGACAUGGAUGAGUUUCGUAGGAGCUGCACAGUCUGCUGUUUUUACUGCAUGUGUACAGCGCAAGCCGGCAGCUUGGGCAAUCGGUUUCAACAUCGACCUCUUGUCUACUGUUUAUGCUGGAGUGGUUUGUUCAGGCUUAAUAGUGUUCCUUCAGUUAUGGUGCACAGAAGAAAAAGGACCUGUUUUUGUGACCAUGUUCAACCCUCUUUCAACAAUACUUGUUGCUUUAUUAGCAUAUUUUGUCCUUGGCGAAAAGCUUUACGUUGGCAGCAUACUGGGGGCAGCUAUAGUGAUCUUUGGUAUGUACCUCUUAAUGUGGGGCAAAGAAGAAGCACAGACAAACUUAGCAGGGAUCUUUCGAAACUAUAAAGACUCGAGAAGUUUAAAACCAGAGGCAUUCACGACUACAUCAGAAGGAAGAGAGGAGAUAACAGAACCAUAGUUACAACCUUAGAGAAGAUGACUGACAAUCUGACAUGCAGAACGAAGACAGUAGGAAACAAGGACAGAUCGAUAGAAGCUGGAAAUAAAGGAAGCUCAUCAGUCAUCUUUAAACAGGCCAAGAUUUAAGCAAUCAUAUAUACAACGAUAAUCUCUGCUUGCAUUUAACGCGAGAGGUAGAAUCAGUUCUCUCAGGUUAGCUGAUUUUAACUAGUAAUAUGGUUCUGUUUUCUAGGUUAAUUAGGCAUUAGCCCUCUCUUGGACUAAAUAUUUAGAAUUAUUCCUGGUUAUUUUCUGUAAAAAUAUUAGUUUAUCUGCUAUCUGAUUAGUGAAGAUCAGAUCCAAUCACAACCUAUCAGUCUGCUUGCAUAGUUGCAUCUGUAAAAGCUAGCUCCAGGGCUGGAUACAUUAACAUGAAUUCUAGCGAUCUUGCAGUCUUGCGUGUUA